AUGGACUACGGCAAGCCGGCCGGGCAGGCCGCCGUCGCCGCGACGGCCGUCGUCGACGCCGCCCACGCCAACGAGUACUUCGAGCUGUUCGUCAACGCCAGCAGCAUGAAGCACAUCCUCGGCUACUACAGGGGCCUCAUCGAUUGCCUGCACAUCCGGCCGAACGUCUUCAACGCCUUCUAUCCGAAGCUGAAGGCGAACCUGACGUCGUGGCGGGCGAAGGCGCUGCUCAAGAAGUUCGACACGCGCGCCUCGCACAAGUGCUACAUGAAGGGAAAGGCGGCCAGCAACACCAGGGUGCUGGUCAUCGGUGGCGGGCCGUGCGGCAUGAGGACGGCCAUCGAGGCGCAGCUGUUGGGCGCUAAAGUGGUCGUGGUGGAAAAGAGGGACCGGUACUCCAGGAACAACGUGCUGCACUUGUGGCCGUUCGUCAUCGAAGAUCUGAGAAUGCUGGGAGCGAAGAAGUUUUUCGGCAAAUUUUGCGCCGGCGCCAUCGAUCACAUCAGCAUCAGGCAGUUGCAGUGCAUUUUGCUCAAGUGCGCUCUUUUGUUGGGCGUGGAAGUUCACACGGAAGUCGGUUUCGCCAGUUUGAUCGAACCCGAAGCCGAUACGAAAAUAGGCUGGAGAGCGGAAUUCAAACCGUCUAAUCAUCCCGUGUCCCAGUACGAAUUCGACGUGAUCAUAGGCGCCGACGGUAAGCGCAACACGUUGCAGGGAUUCUCGCGCAAGGAGUUUCGAGGAAAACUCGCCAUAGCCAUAACUGCCAAUUUCAUAAACAAAAAGACCGAAGCGGAGGCGAGCGUCGAGGAAAUCAGCGGCGUCGCUUUCAUAUUCAAUCAGAAAUUUUUCAAGGAUCUACAAGAGGCCACCAGGAUCGAUUUGGAGAACAUUGUGUAUUACAAGGACGAUACGCAUUAUUUCGUCAUGACCGCCAAGAAGCACAGUCUAAUCGAAAAGGGCGUGAUUAAGCAGGAUUUUUCGGAUACGGAACGGCUGCUGGCUCCCGAGAACGUGGACAAGGAAGCGUUGCAAAACUACGCCAUAGAGGCGGCCAAUUUCAGCACCAACUAUCAAAUGCCCAAUUUGGAAUUCGCCGUUAACCAUUACGGACAACCGGACGUCGCCAUGUUCGAUUUCACGUCGAUGUACGCCGCCGAAAAUGCCUCGAAAGUCCUCGAAAGGAACGGCUACCGUUUGCUGAAUAUCCUCGUCGGAGACAGCCUGCUCGAGCCGUUCUGGCCGACGGGAUCCGGCUGCGCGAGAGGGUUCCUCUCGUCGUUGGACGCCGCCUGGGCCAUACGCAGCUGGUCGAUGGGCACGGCGUCGCCGUUGGAAACGCUCGCCGAGCGAGAGUCCAUCUACAGGCUGCUGGCGCAGACGACGCCGGACAAUUUGAACAAAGAUUGGAAGUCGUACACGCUCGAUCCGGCGACGCGCUACCCCAAUUUGAACAAGGCCGUGGUGCUGCCGCACCAGGUGGCCUGUCUCUACGACACCGACAAUCCGGCGAACGUCGAAAGGAUGAAGCGCAACUACAACGAGAAGCCCGGCGACGUGCCGAAGAAGCGACGACGAGGAAACGUCGAUAAUGAAAUAUUGCUCAACUGGUUGAAAGAUCAGCUCAAAGACAAAGAAGAUGUCGUUGUAACCGACAUGGCUUCAGUGUUCAAAGACGGCAAAGUACUAUGUGCAAUAAUACACCACUACAGACCGGAUUUAUUAGAUUAUAGUGCAAUCAGUCAGAACGAUCCCGCCAGGAACAACCAAAUCGCAGUCGAUAUCCUGGAAAAGGAACUUUGUAUACCACCUGUGAUGACUGGAACUGAAUUGUCUGUUACGGAAGAUUACUUAACAAUGGCUACUUAUCUUACCGAAAUUUAUCACAGUUUCAGAGGGGAAAUACCGUUUAUAAAGCAUCCUAAAUUGGAAUUGCCUCCAGGUAGUACAAAAAUGAGCGAGGUGUCCUUCAAGACCAUAAAAACCACAGCACAGCACCACCAGAUGACCGCACAGCCAUCUGCACCAUCUGCAAGACACAGGCACAAAUAUCCGGAUGCCAUUGCGCAAAAAUUGGCCAGCAUAGACCGAAAACCGAGGAAAAGAAGAACCUUGGAGAAGAUCGGGGCUAGUGUUGACCACGACAGCAAGCACUACCAAGGGUCGCGGGCGGGCGGCCGCGACGAGGACAUCGCGGCGAAGAUAAAGCACCUGGAGAGCAAGUGGCGGCAGCCGCAGCCCGUCGACAAGAAGCCCAGGGACCUGCUGCGCGCCAUCGGCAAGAUCGAGACGUCCGAUUGGAACAUCAAGGAGAUCGAGAAGAAGAUACUGGAGAACAAGAUGGGCAAGCCGUCCAAGGCGGUCGACAAGGAGAAGGUGCCCAAGUGGAGCAAGGAGGAGUUCCUGGCCAGGCAGACUAAAAUGGAGAAGAAGCAUUUGGACAGACAAGAAAGUUCCGAGGCCAAAUUUGCCGACAUCGACAGAAACAUAAAGAACCUGGAUCAGAAGCUUAAAGAGGGUACCGCUCGAGAAUUGGGCACGAAUAAAGUGGCUUCUAUAACCGAGAAAUUGGUUAGCAAAAUUCCACCGGAACCCAAACCGCCCGAGAAGCACCCUAGUCGUCCUUCGAAAGUUUUACCGAAACAGUCUGCAUCGGAGUUCUGCCAUUUCUGUAACAAGCGGGUGUAUUUAAUGGAAAAAUUAUCGGCGGAAGGGCGUUUCUUCCACCACGGUUGUUUCAAAUGCCAAUACUGCCACGUUCAGCUGCGCCUGGGCUCGUACGCCUUCGACCGCGACGGCCUCUACGGCAACAAGUUCUUCUGUCUGCAGCACUUCGGCAUGGCCGGUGAAAUCCCCGUCGCGAAAAUAACCCGAAAACCGUCCGUCAAACGAUCGGCCGAGAACCGCAGGAGCCCCGAGAAGAAAAUCAACGUCGGCGCCGCUCGCUCGGAUUCCACCGACAAAGUGCAAACGCCCGAACGCAUCGAGUUCUCGAACCUGUCGUCGGGGCACAUCUCUUCGGACCAGGAGGAUUCGCUCAAUCAAAUGGACGAGGACGAGUGGACGGACAAGAACUUCGGGGGAUCGUGCGCUGAAUUCGACACCGACGACGAUUCUUCGAGCAUGAGUGAUAGCGACAGCGACGACGCGGAUGCUUUUGGCGAUGCGUUGGAAGAGCCGGUGACCAAAGAGGGUACGUUAAAAUGGGCGGAAAGGUGGAAGAACAGUUACCGGAGAAAUUCCGAUUCUAACGAAAAUUUGAGCAGCAGCAGCAGCGAUCAGUCCAGUUACUACGACAGUUCAGACGACGAUGAAUCGGAGACGGCGACCGAAGGCGAGGAGGAAAUCCGAGCGAGGGAACUGCGAAAGCAGGAGGUGUGCGUGGAACCGCCCAUCGUGCACACGGACACGGGGACCGAUACAGAGGUGGUGUCGGACGAGUCCAGCUCCGCCAAGUCGAAGGAAGCAUACAAUUCCGUAACGGAAAUAUCCACGGAUUCGGAAUUCGCCCAGGACGAGCCCACCCCCACCCGGGAGCUCCCGUCGAUCCUCCUCAACGAUUUCUACGUGACGAAAACGAGAGGCAGCGGCCCCAAAAGAAUCCAGGUGAAAAGCCGGUAUCUCGAGCAAUCGGACACCAAAACCAAAAAACCCAACAUAGAACUAAAAUUAACACCACUGGUACCUUCUGCACAACCGGCCAUUAAAAAACCCGCACCGAUCGCUCUAUCACGGCCGGAGGGCUACACGUUGAAUCGCACACAAAGCACCGGGGGCAUAGCGGCGAAGGUGUCGCUCGAAUUGAAGAAGAAGUACCUGCUGGGCGAGCCGACAUCGGGCGGCAUCCAGAAGUCCGGCAGCGUCUCCACGCUCGACACGAAAUUCAAAAGUUUCCACACCAACAUUUCGGAUUGCCAGAAAAUGCUCAAACCGUCCACAGAAAUCAGCGCCAGCAUGCAGACGUUCUGCAAGAAACUCAACGAGCUCCAAUCGCCAUCGAUUGUUACCAAAAAUAUCGAAGACGAGAAGGUGGAAGAGCCGCUGGAAGAGUCCAAGGAAGACGAAAACGAAUCCGAAGGUCGCCCGAGAAGUCCCCUACACGAGACAUUCAUAGUAGUACCGCAAUUCGAUUGGAGCAAACGAAACGAUAGCCUAACAUCAGACAGUCUAGCGUCAUCUGACGAGGAUAAAAAGAAGAAAGCUUUCGACAACAUACCCACCAUCGAGAUAUUCAAAGCGCAGGAGAACGAGCCACCCAAGGAGGAGUUCAUCCCGGAUUCCCUGCAGUACUUCGAGGAAGCCGCGGAGCCGCCCAAAUCCAUAACCGCCGAAAAGAAAUCGCUGAACCAGCCGAAGACGCUGCCCAACUUGGAGAACCUCCUGCCGGAGAUCCACAACUCGUUGCACGUGAAGUACAAGGACGCCGGCGCGGCGGAGAAGGCGCCGCCGGAGGCCGUCGCCAGCUCGCCGGAGUCGCUCGCCGAGCCGCUCACCGCCGCCCUCACCGAGACGGAGCUCUCCGACUGGGCGCGCGACGAGGUCGUCUCGGACGAUUUCGAAGAGGGCGAGCUCGACGAGGACUUCAAGCGCAGCCCGCAGGGCGGCUUCGCCGAAGACAAGGUCAUCCUGACGGAGAGCAUGCAGAACGUUCUCAGCAUGAACUUGGACAACAUCGAGUUUAUGGACACCGGCACCGAGACCAGCAGCGACGACGGGAUAGCCAACAGCCAGAACGGGUACGUUUUGUUCAAAAACGAGGACGAGUACGCCGCUGAUAGUCUGAGCUCGAACGCGGUGGUGGAGGCGAGAAACGCGUACGUUGGCACCGCCAAAACCUGCGAUGUAGCCAACAAACCCGCCGAGUUAAUAACAGUUAAUAACGAACAAAUUAGUAGUAAUUGCGAUGGGUCGCUUUCGGUGUGCAUCAGUGAUAAAGUAACGGAGGAAGUUAGUGAUAAAUCGAAAUUAACCAUCCACAGUUCCGAAGCCGAUGAAAAUAGCGCGGUAAUCGAAUCGGGUACCACCACAGAAGAAAACACUCUGACGGAUUCCACGGUUAAAAACGUAACCGAGUGUUACAACGAGCAUUUAAUACUAUCGCAGAAUAACAAUAUUAAUAAAAUCGACACGGAAGAGAAGGAGAACAACAUCGACGCUAACGUGGAAUUCCACGAGCACGUCCAAAGGCUGCAAUCUAAAGUGGAAUUUUCCAACGCCAAAGAUUCGAUUGAUAUACGCAAAACGAGGAGGAAGAGCAAACCAGACGUUUUGCAGAAACCCGAUUUAAUUACAGAGGAAAUACCCAGCCCUCUGGCAUCUCCUAAAUAUACACCGAUACUCCACUCGCCGGACAUAUUGUACAACAAGGAAGUGAUAAAAAAAGAGCGCGACCUUAACCAAAAGCUCAUACAAGAAAUGGUGAUGAACAAAAUGCGGGCCGAAAACAAAUCGCUGGAGAGACGAAAACGGAACAAAACCACCAGUAUGAACCCCAAUUUGGUACUGUCGAAAUCCCCAUGUAACCCUGUGGUCGACGGACGUACUCAAAAAAAACCCACACCGCCGCCCGUCAACCAAAAGAUCGUCAGCGCCGAUUUUAUAAACGCCGAAUCGAAACCGAAUUACAAAAAACGCGACAAGGACUCGCUUUUCCUCAACAAAGACCAAUCGAAGGAGUACCGCAACCGAAGGUGCACCGUCGGCGACUUCAUCGUUCCUCCCAAGCAGCAGGAUUCGCUGCCGUUGAAGGCCAAGUCCAUACCGAACUUCCAGCAGAAGAUGAGCGCCGUGCAAUCGAUCGACGUCGACAGGAGCGUCCUGAAGGCGUAUAACUCCGACCCGAAUAUCCUGGAGACGGUCAAAGACAAGGGCAAGAGGAAAUCGCCGGAGAAGAAGGGCUUCGCGCAGUUCAUAUCGGGGAUUUUCUCGAAGAAGAGCCCGACCGGCUCGAAGGGUUUGUUCAGCAAGCUGUCGCCGAAAUCGAAGAAAAUUUCGAAGUCGUGUACUAAUCUGGGAUAUAGAAAAGAAAAUGAAGUGAUAAGCCAAAAGAAAAGUAUGUCGGAAUAUUCUAUUAAUAGAAACGUAACUCCUCCACCUGUUCCACCAUUACCAAUAAACUACGUAAGGAAAACAGACGAAAGUUCGGACGCAGAAGACGAGUUCAAAAAGCAAAACAACAGCUCCUGCGACACACUCGAUUGCACGGGAGCCUCCACCGGCAGCGCCGCCGGCAGGAGAUCGAGCAGCAAAAGUCAGCGGGCCAUCCGGCAAACGCAAUUAAAAAGGCAUCGCAUGGCUCAAGAGAUACAACGAAAACUGGAGGAGACCGAGGUGAAGACGCGCGAGCUCGAGGAGCGGGGCGUGCGCGUGGAGAAGGCGCUCCGCGGCGAAGGAAGCCCGGACUCGUCGAAGGACGAGGCCGAAUUGUUUCAGGAAUGGUUCGAUUUGAUGCGGGACCGCACCGAACUGAGGCGGUACGAGCGGGAGCUGACGGUGCGCGCGCAGGAGCUCGAAUUGGAAGACAGGCACGCCAGAUUGCAGCACGAUUUGCGAGAUCGCCUUAGCAGCGAUAAACCAAAGAACGUAGAUGAUAUUAAGGUUGAAGAGAGCAUCAUAGAGGAAAUGAUUGAUAUCGUUCAAAAGCGAGAUUCACUCGUCGCCGAGAUUGAAGAAGACAAAAAAAGAUACUCUUGCGAAUACCGAGAUUUAGAAGAACAAAUGCUUGCUAAAGGACUAAUAUUAUCUUCAUACAAGAAAUCGCCGCAGCAUUGA